AUGCUGAGCUUUUUGGGAUUCCUUGGUGCGGUGAUCGUUUCAGCUCUUGCCGUGCGAAAUGUGCAACUGUCAGCGCUGAAAGCCACAAAAACUCCAUGCUGUAUCGACACUCUUCUUCCCGGCAAAUUCGCGGUCCUUUGCCGAACGAAUCCCGAUUUCAGUUUCAUUCAAUGCUGUCAAUCUUGCCAUUUCAACACCGAUAUGUUCACGUCGCUAACCUAUCCGGUGCCCGCCGAUCUCUACAUGUACGAUGUGGCGAAUAUGAUGGAAACACCGAAUCCGACAUGCGCUGAUAGACAUACUGAAAUGUGGUGUGAGAAUUUCCUGACUCGACGCGGCUCUUGGCAACAAAACCGAGUCACUUGUCAGACUUCGGGCCUCGCUUUUCGUGUCUGUCGGAAGACUUGCGGAUUUUGUGCCAGCACUCGUCCCUCCUCAGUCUACUACAAUUCAACGAUCGCCAAAAGCCCGAAACUUUGCGCCAAGCUUGCU